AUGUCUUCCCAAUCUUCUCGCCCCAACGGCCCUGCCAACCUCGGCCAGAACGUCCCUGCCAAAUACCGUUGCAGCCUUGGUGGCGAGUGGAAGCCGCUUCAGGGCUUCUCCAAGCGUCAGCAGAAGAUCCUCCAGGACAAGUUCAAGAACCGCUCUCGCAUCGAUCCCGCAAACACUGGCAUGAUUUGCCGUGUGCACUCUGGCGAGCCGCUCAAAGAGAUACUCUGCGAGGGACCCUGCAAUGAGGUUCGUGUCUUGGACGACUUCGCCAAGAACAACCGCACCAACGGCGUCUACAUCUGCAAGCACUGUCAGCAUUGGACAAACGUCCAAGAGCCUGGAUACGCUCCGUGGGCUGCUCCGAAGAACAAGCUCGACCCGCUAGAGGAGAUGGACGAUUUUGAGGGACGCAUGGCGACAGAGCCCUCGGAAAUCUUCGACUUUCACACCGGCAACGACAAGGCAAUCACCAUCGCCUACGGUGGCACCUCUCGUACCGGAAGCGAUGUUGCUGGUCGCUCCUUGCGUAUCGAGGAUAAUACCCGCCGGGUGAUCGCUCCCUCCGUCUCUGUCAGCUCCCACAGCACCGCUCCCAUGCGUCGCGCUGCAAGCUCCGUUGUGUCUGAUGACACCAUCACGAGCAGCCUGAACGAUCUCAACAUCGGCAACAACAAGAGCCAGGCCCAAGUAAAGACGCGAGCGCAGGCCACAGAGAAGAAGAUCCCUUACAACGCGUGGGAUUCCACUGGCCAGAAGCACACCCGCAACAAGACCCCGUCUGUUGUUUCUGGCAGCUUGGCAUCUGUGGUCAGCCAGUAUCAGAAGCCUCUCGAGACCAGAUCUAGCAAUGAGGUUCAAGGAGAGAAGUGCGGCGAGCAGAGCGACCCCUUUCUGAAGAACAACCCUUUCCCCAGCACCGGCAGAAGCGGCUUCGGAUCUGCUCCGGAGCGACAGUCCAGCCGAAGGCAGCUGACGAACAAGGAGCAUCAACAGAUGCAGAGAACGCUGCCCCAGCGUCGUAUCAUCAUGCCUUACCAGGAUGAUGAUGGCGUUGACGAGGAGUCUGACUGA